AUUGCUUGCUAUCCUCUAAAUGGGGAAUUUGAGGCAAGAGAAAUUGACAAUAAGCAGCCAGCUGGAGUUUUAGGGCAGGUGGAGCUCACAACUGGACCCCAUGGAGAAACCAAUGGAUCCUACCAGUUUUCAGGAAACCCAAACAGUUUUAUAGAGUUCCCAAAUGACGGAGGACUGGACACCCUACACUCUAUAACGCUGAUGUGCUGGGUUCAGCCCGGUGGUCGAGACGGACCGCUCUUUAACUACAAGAACUCCGGAGCUUGGGGAGUCCAUAUUUGGAUAGUUAACGGCAAGUUCUUUAACAGGAUCACCAAAUACCCAAAUCAUGCGUUUUUCGAUGCCAUAUUGACUGAUCAGGCACUUCCAGUGGGACAGUGGGCCCAUGUUGCGGCAACUUAUGAUCACAUCACUGGAGUCAACUCUUUGUACGUCAAUGGCCAUUUGUCUAAAACAGAAUACAUCGGCAAAACUGACAGGAUAUCAACCAACGACGGGCAAGUUCGAAUGGGCGUUAAGAUUAGCGACUCCAGAUACUUUAAUGGCAAAAUAGCUCAAAUGAAAGUUUUUGAAGUUGCUCUAGAUGAAGCCGACAUUAAAGCUGCGAUGAAUGAAGGUAACAGGCAGUUUAAGAAAUAUAUCUCUUGA